UGAGGACAAGUUUCCACACACCAAUUUUCAAACAUAAAUAUAUAAGCUUGGAAUGUAGAAACAUUGAACAUUGAAUCUGAACCACACAACACUGAAAUCAACCAAAAUGGGGAAUUGUUCCAUGAAGGGUACCACCGGAGAGUGUCACCACACCAUUCGGGUUAUGUGUGACAGUGGUGCCAUUUUGCAGUUCAGAGCUCCCAAGACUGUGGCUCAAGUGCUUCGACAUUACCCUGGUUAUGGCAUUUUCCGCCAGGGUCAUGCUUCGGAACCUUUGCCAGAGCAAGAGAGGUUAAGCUAUGGUCUUUUCUAUUAUCUUCUUCCGUUGAAGGAGGGGCAGAAAAGUUGCAGUGAAAAAGUUGGAGGUGUUCGGAGAUCAGAGGAAGUGUUUAAGUCUGCAGCGUGUGAUUAUGUUGAGAAUUUGUCAAAUGGGUCGGCGCUUGAAGUGUUGCCGGCGGCUAAGAACGGCGUGUGGAGAGUGAAGUUGGUGAUUGAGCAGAGGCAACUGGAGGAGAUUUUGUCAGAGCAGGUGAAUACUGAAGCUCUGAUUGAGAAGAUGAGAAUGGCUGCAAAUGGAUGCUCUACCACAAGUCCUUCAAGGACUCCAUCUAUGAACACUUGGAAAGUGGGGUGGAAGACAACACUUUUUAGUGGCAAAAUUGCCAAAGACACUGCCACUGCUACUACUGCAGGGUCUAAUUUGUAUCUGGGGUCUUGUUAGGGAAAGGGUUUCUAGAUACAAGUAUAAGCACUUAGGAAGUGUGUUAGGUUUUCCAUGACAAAUAGGUCCAUCAACUGCAUAUUUGGACAACCUGUCCAAUUUUAAUGAAUGAUAUCGAUGUAAGGAUUGUUAAAACAUUUUCCAGUUUGAUAGUAUUUCCAGAUUUCUGUUUCUGCAUCAUGUUUAUUUAUCGCAGGAAUGGGUCACAAGACACUGAUCAAUCAU